AUGCAGUCCAGGCAGCAGAGUCUGGCCAUCGUCCUUCUUCUUCUCCUCUCGCUCUCCCUCUUCUUUCUCGGGCCCGAGGACCAGAGCGCCGCGCCGUCUGCGCUCUCCUCCGACGCUGAUGAGGGUGAGGGCGAGCAGGAAGGCAGCCUGCUGCUGGCAGGCGAGGGGAGCUCGACGCUGCACACGCCGCCGCCGCAUUCGAUCGACGGCGAGGAGCGCAUCGAGUCGGUCGACUCGGUGUGCGACCUGCCCGAGUUUGCCGUCGGCGCACCGCGGCCAAAGAUCGCCAUCUUCGUGUUUGCGUGGCGACGACUCGCCUCGCUGCGCCGGCUGGUCGACUCGCUGCUGGCCGCCGAGUACUGUGGCCACACGAUGCCGCUGACGAUCAUGGUCGACGGCGGCGCGCUGGCGGCGGUGCGAGAGUACGUGCGCGGCGUCGAGUGGCGACAUGGGCCCUUGCGGCUGGUGGUUGCGGACGACGGCCCCGCGCCGGUGGCGUCGCUCGGGAUCCGCGGGAUGUGGAUCAACUGCUCGAGCCUGGCUUCCGCCGGCGAGCUCCGCGACGACGAGCACAUCCUUCCGCUCGAGGACGACAUCGAGGUGUCGCCGCUCUUCUACUGGUGGCUGCUGCGCGCGGCGCGCUCCUACGGCCCGAUCGGCGACGGAACGCUGAUGCGGCGGCGGCGGCUCGUCGGCAUCUCGCUCUACACUCCGCGGCUCAACGAGAUUCAUUACCCGCAAGUCAAGUGGCUGCCGGAGGUGCACGAGCGUGCGCCCGCCUUCCUGCUGCAGUUUUACGCGCUGCGCGUGCGGCCGCCCUUCUUCGACUUUGCGCAGGAGGCGGCGCAGCGAGGCGUCGGCAAGCACCGCGAGCCGCUCGGCGAGCGGGCCGCGCGGCACGGAGCCAGGGCUCUUCUGUGCAGCCGCGACCCGCACGUGCGGCUGCCCGCCUCGCGCUCCAACGCCACCUCGCUGCGGCGCGACACGGACCCGCUCAAGACGGUGCCGCUCGUCCUCGCCUCGCAGACCAACGCCGUGCAGCGCGCCAUGGCGGAGCUCCCCUCCUUCGCACGGCUCGGCGUCUUCGACCUGCAGCACGAGCGGCGCUCGGCCGAGCGGCUUGUCCAGGCGGGCUUCGCCUUCACCGAGAGCGUGCGGUGGUGGGGCCACCACCGCGCAGCCGCCGAGGGCAACCCGGCGCUGCUGCCCGCCUACGCCGCGCUCGCCGACCUGUGGGCAGGCCUGCCCUCGCCGGCCGACCCGGCGGUUGGCUCGUGCGCCAUCGAGGUUCUGCCCGCCCUCGUGCCGCGCUCCAUCGCGCACUCGCUCGAGGCCCUCCAGCCCGCGAACCUCAACCUCGCCAACCUCAACCUCGCCGCCUCCUCGGCCCCGCCCUCCUCGACGCCGCUCGCCCCCUUCUCCGGCCGGUACGUAGUCUUCCAGCCGCCCUCCGGGCUGGGCGAGUACUUUGUCGCCCUGCGCAACGCCGCCGGCAUCGCCGCCGCGCUGCACCGCACCCUCGUGGUGGACGACUUUCUGCAGCUGCGCCUCGCGCCCGACUGCCUCCUCUUCCUCCACGUCAAGGACCCGCACUUGCUCCCUUCGCGCGCCUACUUCGACGCCGUCGCCGGCUGGUCGAACCUCUCCGCCAUCCACAUGCCAUCGCAGAUGUGCGCCGCCGCCGACUACCGCCGCCUCUACGGCGGCUGCGGCGCCCCCGUGCUCGCCUUCUCCCACCUGUACGCCGCCUUUGAGGGCUUCCCGCCCGGCUCGCCGCUCGCCGCCUGGUUUGCGGACGAGCUGCCCGCCGCCUUGUCCACGUCCGACUCGGAGGAGGCGACGCGCAAGGCGGGCCGCAUCAUCGCGCGGCUCGCCGCUGAGACGGGCUCCUUCUCGUGCAUCCACCUCUCGCACCUCGACGCGGCGGUGGUCUCGUCGCGCGCGCCGCUCACGCCGACGCCCGACUCGGCCUCCUUUGGCGACGCGCACGAGGCGGACACGAGCGCGCCACACGCGGACAGCGGCGGCGCCCCGAACACGCUCCGCCUCCCUAGCACCGCGUGCGACGCCUUCGACGCCGAGUCGCACCAGCCCGCCGGCCGCGCGUGGGUCAAGGAGCUGUCGUCUGCAGGCUACUCGUGCCACGUGAGCGAGGCGGUGCUGCGCGCCAACCUCGCGCGCCUGCCGCCGCGCGACCCGAUCCUCAUCCUCGCCGACGGCGGGCGCGCGCUGCCCGAGCGGCUCGCCGAGCGCGCCUCCAACGAGCUGCGCUCCGAGUUCCGCCACGUCGGCGACGUCGUCGCCCUGCUCGGCCUCGACAUCCGGCUGCCAGAGUGGCCGAGCGUCGAGCUCGCCGCGUGCGCCGCCGCCUCGACGCUCCUCCUCAACCGCUACUCUCCGCUCUCCGCCCUGCUGGAGCGCCGCGCCUCGCGCCGCGCCGUCGCAUUCGCGGAGAGCGCCGACGGCAGCGCGGCGGCGCCCCGCUCGCUGUGGUGGAUGCGGGUGGGCUCCGACCGGUGCGUGCCGCUCUUCACGCGCACCUGCCGCUUCGACCUGCAGCCCAACCGCUUCGGCAUCCUCGGCCAGUUCGGGCCCGAGCGCAAGCUGCAGCUACAGACGUACAACGUCUCCUCCCUCAUCGGCUGGGACGGGCGCGUCACGCCAAACGCCUCGAUCGAGCUCGAGGUGUACGUCUCCAACGAGUCGCACGCGCUCGCCACCUUUGAGUACACAAAGGACAACAACAAGCUGGGCCUCACCUUCCAGCAGCAGCGCGGCGACUACGUCCGCAUCCGCAACGUCUACCUGCGCUCCUCGACGCAGGCGCCCUCCAGCGAGACCGCGCGGGGCGGCGGCGACGGCAGCGCAUGGCAGCCUGGCUUGCUCUUUUGGCUGGCGAUCGUGUUCGGCGCGCUCUUCGUCGCCCUGCUCGGCGCCGUCCUCUCCGCUGCCUAUAUCCUGAGCAGGACGCACCGCUCCCAGCCGCUGUCCUCCACCGAGGCACGCGUCGCCCUCGGGCUGGGGGCGAGGCAGAUUAUGGAGCUCGCCGGCGGCAGCAAGGCGAAAGGGGACGAGGACGUGUAG